AUGGAUAGCAAUGAACGCGUUAACGAAAUAAUAGCCGAGGAGACAUCUGCGAGUUGUGAGUACGAGUACUAUGAGAGAAUGAGAAAUAGUGAGCAGACGAGUAAUAGUGAAAGUGUUGAGAUUAUGUAUGGGAAUAUGGAGAAUGACAUGUACAGUGAUAUAUCAAGGCCGUCUAAGAGAGAUAGGCCUGUAGACGAGGAGGAAAUAUGGACGAACGUCACUAGACGAGGUAAACGGAUGGCUCGGGAGCACCGGGACAUUGAGUCUACUAGGAUUACGAAAGAUAAUAUAGAAGUAAAUAUUACGAGUAAAUCAUCGGAGAAAAUACCUAAACAGUUUAAAUUAGCGAAAAUAUUAAAAGCAGAAAAUAUACAAGAUAUUACGAAAGUUAAAUUUAUUAGUGCAUAUAAGGUUAUAAUACGUUUUAGUAACGAAGACAGUGCAGACAAGUUAAUGGAGUCAAAGUAUUUCCAAGAAAAUGGAUUUAAAUGCCAAAAGACUUUAGAUAUCAAAGAAACGUUUGGAGUUAUAAAAAAUAUUGAUUUAGAUUCAACGGAAGAAGAAAUAUUGGAAAGUUUAAGAUGUGAAAUGGAUAUAAUAGCAGUUAAAAGAUUAAAACGACGAAACAGUGUUAAUGGCCAAUGGGAACCGUCAGAGGUUGUGAGAAUUUGUUUUAAGGGUUCUUCAUUGCCUUCAAAGUGUAAUAAUUGUCAAGGAAAACACAUGGCAUUAGCUCGAACUUGCCCUAUGUAUAAGAAAGAGAAGAGGAUAAGAGAGUUGAUGGCAGAAUUUAACUGCUCAUACAAACGAGCACAGACUAUUUAUGUACCUCCAGAAUCUAUAUAUUUGUGUAAUAAUACAGAAUGCUCUAAGGAAGGAGACAAAGAGGAAGAAAUUUCGAGUGGACAUAUAAAUAAAGAAACAGACAGUUGUGCUAUAGAAAGGGAGACGACAUAUGCAGAAAUACUAAAGAAGCCAAAAAAAAAGGAACGCUCACAGUCGAAGAAACCUAUAAAUAGUAAAAAGGCAACCGAUAAAGAUAAAGCAGUACAAGGCGAGAGUUUUGAUUUUUUCUCAGAGAGCGAAUCUGAAAAUUCUCAAAAAAUAGAGGAAGAAAACGCUAGACAAGACAAGAAUAAAAUUAGUUGGAUGAAAAUCUUAAGACAAAUGCAAGAAAAAAUCUGUGAUACUAUUCUCAGUGAAACAUGGUUAGUUCCAGAACAUGCUUUUAGAAUUAAUGGCUAUAGUAUUUUUAGAGCAGAUCGCAUUGAUGGUUAUGGAGGAACUGCUAUAUUAACUCAUAAGUCCAUAAAGGCAACUUUAUGUAAUCUGACUUCUACAAAUACCGAAAUACAAGCUGUACAUGUAAGACUGCUAAAUUGUGCUGAGAUAGAAAACAUAAUUUCCAUAUACUGCCCAUCAUCAGUGCGCACAUCAAAAAAUGAUUGGGAUUAUUUUUUUUCUUUAUUCAAUCACAAAACGAUAAUAGCCGGAGAUUUUAAUGGGCAUCAUCCUAAUUGGUCAUCCAAAGAAGAUACGAGAGGAAAUCAGAUUUUUGAUUCCAUAUUAGAAAAUAAUUUUAUCACGAUAAAUGAUGGAACAGAUACACGAAUUAAAUUAGUCAAUGGUGUAAUUCAAAAAACUUCUCCUGAUUUGACUAGUGUUAGUACAGAUUUGGCUUUUAAAUUCAAAUGGGAAGUUAUAAACGAAAAUUUAGGCAGUGAUCAUAUGUUAAUUAAAGUAAGUACUGAAAUUGAAUGCCCAAGAAAGUAUACUAAGAGAAGAAAUUACAAAAAGGCAAACUGGCCGUCAUAUAUGAAUAAAAUUGAAUCAGAUCUUGUGAACUUUACUCUUCCUUCAGAUCCGCAAACAGCGUAUAACAAAUUUAUAGGCCUUGUUAAUAUGGCAGCAGAUAAAUACAUACCAAUUAUUAAAGUUUGUGAAAAUCCUCUUCAUCAACAAAAAUUUAAACCAAAGUCGUACUGGGAACCAAACUUAUCACAUACAGUCGCACAGAGACGGCUUGCUUUGGCUAUGUUUAGACGAAACCCAACACCGCAAAAUCUCGAUAAGUUGCAGAAUAAAAUAAGUAUAGCUCAGAGAUAUAUACGGCGGAGUAGUUGCAAAUCGUUUCAAGAAUUUUGUAGUAAAGUCGACAAUGUAACAAAUGCAGUUGAUAUGUGGGCACAAAUGAAGGAUGAAUCGCGUGUGACAAGAAGCAUGAUGGAAGUGAAUGUAGAUGGAGAGGUAGGAGGAAGACCGAGGAUAGAUUAUAUAAGACAGGACAUGAAAGAGAAAGGGGUGAAUGAGGUUAUGAUGAAUAAUAGGGGAGAGUGGAAGAGAAAGACUUACUGCGCCGACCCCAAG